AUUUCAAUUUCAAAUAAAAUUUAUAUAAAAUAAUUUCGAAUAAUCAAUCCAUUAGGUACGGGAUAUUUUCGAUAUUAGUUUGUUAUAUUUUUUAAAAUCUUUCAAGCUUUUAAAAUUGAUAUAUUGCGCUAUUUGUUCGGAAUGGACUCCUUAAAACCCGAUUCAGAAAAAAGUGAUUCAAAAUUGCAAACAAAAAUUCCAUCAACGCCUAAAACAUCUUUGAAAAAUAGUGGAAUUGGUGAUUCUUCUAAUUCAAAAAUUCCAACAAAAAGAGAAGUGUCUAAAACUUCAACUACUGAUUCCAAAAAUGUUAUAAGAACUAAAACUAAGAAACAGGAAGUUACAUCUUCUUCAGUAUCUUUGAUGAACUUAAAACUGCCCAAGCCAAGUUCUUUACCCUCAACUAGAAGUUGUUUCAAUUCCCAUCGAAGUGUUCAAAGCAAAGAGCAAACACCAAGAUUUCAAAGUUCAGACAAAAUAUCUGAAAUUAGUAAAAAAGCUGAAAUGGCUUCAUUUAAAAGAAAACUUCAAUCAUAUGAAGCUGCUAAAGAAAAACUUCAGAAUUCUCAGGAGCAUUUCAUGAGUAAAUAUAAUUUGGUUAAAGAUGAACUGCCCAAAGAAGACAGGGACGUAAAACUUAUUUGUGUAUUCAAAAAUAAUGAAGGACAUUUAAUCACAAGAAAUCAAACUUCAAAGGUCAUUGUGACGUGUGAUAAAAAGUCAUUAGAAGAGCUCAAAUCUUCUUGGAAGAACUUUGCUCAACAGAAAUUUGAAAUGAUAGAUACCCUUGACAGUUUAACAAGCUCACCAAGAGAAAUUGGUGAUACUUUUGUUAAAGAACAUGGAGAUUUGAAGCUACUUGAGGAAGUGAAAAAUAAACUUAAAAUUGAAAGACAACAAUUUUUGGAUGAUUUUAUAAAACAAAUUGAAAAACUACAAGCAAGUGAUAAGCCCAAAGAACCAUCUUCAAAUAAAGAACAUGAAACUGAGGUUAAAACUCUCUUAGAAGAAGUUAAUACACUUAAGAAAAAUCUUGAAGAAAGCCAAACUGAAUUGAAUAAAAGUAAGAAAAUUUAUGAGCAAAAAUGUAGUAUUUUUAAAAAAGAAAUCGAAGAAAAAACCAAGAAUCAAAGCAAAAAACAAAAGGAGUUCGAAGAGUUAAAAAAGAAAUAUGAUUGUCUUGAAAAUGAACAUUCAAACACAAAAGCAUUUAGUAAAGAAGUCAGUGAAAAGCUCAGCAAGAAAACACACGAAUGGGAAGAGUUUAAUCAAAAGCUAAAAAUCAGCGCUCAUAAGAAUGUCAAUCUUGAAACAAAAAACAAAGAAUUGGAACUCGUAAUUGACAAACUGCAAACUGAUUUGAAAGUUGCUAUGAACUCUGGAAAAGAUUCCAUUAGAGAUCAAACCUUAAAACUUACCAAUGAAAUCAAUGUCCUUAAAAAUCAAGUUAUGGCUGUCCAAAAAGAAAAAGAAAUUUUUGAAAAUGAAUCUAAAUCAUUGAAAAAUGAAAUUAUAAAGCUUCAAAAAAUUGAGUCUAAAUGUUUGGAGCUUCAAGAUCAAGUUACUCAAGCAAAUAAGGACAAGCUAAAUCUUAAUCAAACAAUAAGGGAUUUAGAGGCAAAACUUCAGAUAAGCCAAAACCAAGUUUUUGUUUCCAAGGAUGUUCAAGAAGAGCUUAAAAGACUUCAAACAGCUGAAGAUUCAAAUAAUGAAAAAAUCAAGACUCUAGAACAAGAUCUAAUAAAAGCACAAUUUCAAGUUAAGAAACUUGAAGAGAAAAUUGUUUUAGAUGGAAAACUAUUGAAAGUUCGUACAGAAUUGAUUGAUUCAUUGCAAAAGAAAGAACACUCACAAAAGGUUCGUCUGACAGAUCUAUUUGCUGAAGUUGGUGAAAAAAAUAAUGAUCUUCAACUGAACUCACCAUUUCAGAUUAAAACUGAAAUACUAACGAAAACCGAAGAAUUUCAAAAUCUCUUUUCGACUUUGAGUGCUAAACAAAUUGAAUUGACUCGACAAGAGCAUAUGAUCAAAUUGUUGCAAGAGAAUAAUGAGCGAGCUCAAAAAUUACGUGUCAGACAAGAAGCUAAAAUUGCAAAAUUAGAAGAGGAAAUUUUUGCAUUAAAAAAUACUAUUUCGGUCUAUCAAGAUGCUGUUAUUCCUAAUAAUACUUUGCGGAGAAAUCUUGCUAUCGUCGAAGCAAGUCGUGAUGCUGAAUUUACUGAUAGCCUUGGCUUUUAUGUUGAAGAAAGACGCAAGAAGCGACAUAUUGAUAUCAGUGUCAAGAAAUAUGAAAAAUAAAUUGAAAAAAAAAAACAUUUACGU